GUCUCGAUCCCUUCAUUUCCCCCAUCAAUCAAUUGUGAAAUCUCGUGGAUGUGGAUGGGUGACGUUCAGUGCUUUUCGGAAAUUGUGAAUAAUUAAUCAUUUAGUACAUAAAAAUUUCAUUGAAAUGUGCGACAACGAAAAAGAAGAAGCCGCUAAUUUGAAAGAAGAGUUUGAAUGGGUGCUCCGCGAGGAGGUUCACGCCAUACUACAUCAGCUGCAUUCAGUGUUAGUCGUAAGUAUUAUUCGGAAAGUUUUGCUAUUAGGUUCAUUGUAUCCUUGGAUACUUACAAAUUAUCAAAUUUCACAGGAAUGCGCCCACAGGUUUCCUGUUCCUUUAUAUGGGAACGAAGGACAGAAACAGGACAAGUUCAUCUUGACAUCAACACCAGAGCAGCUGAAAUGUAUUGUUACCUUGACUGGAGAUAGCAUUACACAUGCUGACAUAAGUUUCAAGGUGUUGAGGCAAAUGCACUCAAUAUGCCGUACUUCUAUCAACCAGGAUGGGCCGUGGAAGCUUCAGCAGAUCCAAGAUGCAGCUAAUCAUUUGCAGCAAGCCAUUGGUUAUAUUGAUAAUGUUGAUAAACAUUAUGUGUUCAGAUCGUCAGAAGAAGUGUUGCACAUAAUUCAAUGUCUAAUUGGUUCUCUACAGCGCGCGCGUACUGCCUUAGUAUUACCUAAAAAAAGAGCAAUUGACGAACUUAUGAAAAGUAGAAAUAUGAAAGCCCUAUCGCCAAACCUGCCCGAAGACCUAGCGAUAUCGUUCUACAUCCAAUCGCACAAGUUGAUAUUCGUCGCGUACCAGUUGAGUUCUGUGCAUGGCACGAUGAGGAUCGACUCGUGUCAGGCGGAUUGUGCCGUGCCGUGGCUGAGCGAUGUGCUGUUCAUGCUGACUGCAGCUCUACACAUGUGCCAACAGCUUAAAGAUAAGUUGUGCGUGUUCUCCCAAUACAAGGACUUCACAGUGGGAUCAAGAUCUGCUUCAAUGUUGUUGAACUGAACUCUACUAGUUACCCACACACUACUUACGUACCGCUAGGUAUGACAUAUACAAAACAAAAUGUAUUUAUGUACGUACAUGUAUUUAUUUAGUUAUAGUUGUCGAGUCCAUUGUUGAUAUUCUUGUUGAAUAUGUUGUAAUAUAAUGUAUAGUUAUUAACAAUAACGUAUUUAUAGGAUAAUUUAAUCUGAGAUGAAGCACUUGUGUACAGAAAUGUGAUAUUUGAUGAUCAGUUUUGAAAAGAUUUUUUGGCUUCCUCGUUUAUUUAUUUAAAUAAAGACUUGUUAAAACCUGCCAAAAUAUUUAUUUCUGAUAAUUUAUAACAGUAUUGACGAUCAUCAAAUGGAGGCUACUUUUAUAUGAAACUUUCAUUUAAUCUAAAAACACUAUUUUGUAUGGUAUUGUUAAGUGCACAAUUGAAAUAGAUCUGAAUGUAAAGUUAAAAGAAUUUCAAUGCAACGUGGAAGCAAUAACGCUUCGAAUUUUAUUUCUAAAUCGCCAUAAUGUAUAAGAGAACAUAGAUAUUUUGUAAAAUAUUAAAAAUUAAGGUAUAACGUCAACACAAAAGAUUGCUCUUUUAUGAUAUAAUGCGAGUUUUUCACUAUAAUAAAUGUUAUACAAAUAUACUGCGACAACUACAGGCGCAGGCGCAAUAACCUCUGCUUGAGUUCCCUUAUAAUGUGGAAAUUUAUUAUAAAAUGUGGCAAGAAAUCUUUACAUUAUAAAUGCCUUAAUAAUAAUCGCUGUAUACCUCUGUCAGUUAUACAAUGUUUUGUCUCGCUUCCUCCGAUUGUAAACGCCAUUCAACACAGCAAGACAAAACACUCCAUAACUAUUAGACAUGUAUGUAACUUUUAUUAGUAAAAUGUAAUAAAUUCUAUACAAUCCAUAAUGACUCCCGCCUUGAUAUUCCUCUAAUAUAUCUUUGUAAUUAUUGUGUACUGUUUUUAUAUCUCUCCAUACUCUUAAUUGUUGCAUUGUGUUGUUCUAAUACCAAAAUAAGCAUCAUACCAAAUUUGAAAGUGUAAUAAUUGUAUUUUAAAUUAAUAUGUUGUGGGAUUCUUGUUGGUAUUGUUAUCGAUUUUGAAAGUUUAUUUAAAAUCAGUAUUUCUCAUAAAAAUGAACGUAACGAAAUAGUGUUUAUAUAUUAUUAUUUAUUUUUUUCUGCGUCAUCUAUUUUUUUGUUUGUCUUAACACACUCAUUUCAAACGAAUGUAUUGACAUAGACAAAAAAAGACAGAUGAGGCAGAAAAAAAGAAAAUAUUUCGUAAAAACUAUUUCGUUGCGUGCAUUUAUUUGAAGAAUACUGAAUAAGAAUAAUACUUCGAAAGGUGUCAAUAUCGAUAAAAUACCAACAUGGAUUGUCAACAAUUGGAUAUAAAAACUAAAGUUUGCCUUUAAUGCACAAUAUAAAUUAAAAAAUAUAUUUAUAAAUGCACAUCUUACGAAUAUUGGUUUUUAUCUCGUGGUUUUACACUUAUUGUAGAUGUUUGAAAAUUCUAUUCUUAUAUGCUUAUACUGUUUGUUUAGCGUACUACCGAUCCUUCGACUCCACAAGGUUUGUUAUAGCGAUUUACUUUGUGUAAAUUUAUGGCCAUUCGGAAACCUAUGUAAUGCAUUUAAUGUUAUUCCAUUGUUUAAUUUAAGAGGGGCAGUAAUACCCUCAAUUGUGAAACUUCGUACCACCAUGUUCAAAUCAUUCAUUUGACAUGUUUGACAAUAAAAUUAUUAUACUAGUAUUAUUAGGUAGUCUCAAGACUAUUGUAACUAUACCUACUGUGUAAAUCAGUUCAAUGUGAUUGUGUUGUAUUCCAAUAAAUCGAAAUGCUGUUA